UCGCGACCGGGGCCCUGGAGCCGACGGAGCAGCCGCGAUGAGUUCGGCGCUGGAGAAGCCGCAGAUCAUCGCCCACAUCCAGAAGUCGCUCAACUACACCUUGUUCGACUGCAAAUGGAUCCCGUGCAGCGCCAAGUUCGUGUGCAUGGGCAACUUCGCCAGGGGCACCGGCGUGAUGCAGAUUUAUGAAGUGUCUCACGGGGACCUGGUGCUGGUGAAAGAGAUUGAAAAAUCAAAACCAGUUAAAUGUGGCACCUUUGGAGCUGCCUCUUUGCAGCAGCGGUAUCUGUCUACAGGGGACUUUGAGGGAAACUUGAAUAUUUGGAACCUAGAGGCUCCAGAAUUGCCAGUCUACUCAGUAAAAGCUCACAAGGAGAUCAUAAACAGUAUUGAUGGAGUAGGAGGCUUGGGAAUUGGGGAAGGAGCUCCGGAAGUGGUUACUGGAAGCAGAGAUGGAAUGGUGAAAGUCUGGGACCCCAGGCAAAAAGACACUCCCGUAGCAAAUAUGCAGCCUGCAGAUGGAGAUAACCAACGGGAUUGUUGGACUGUGGCAUUUGGUCAUGCGUACAAUCAACAGGAGCGUUGUGUGUGUGCCGGAUAUGACAAUGGAGAUAUCAAGUUAUUUGACCUAAGAACAAUGUCGCUCCGGUGGGAAAAAAACAUCAGAAAUGGGGUUUGUUGUGUUGAAUUUGACAGAAAAGAUAUCACUAUGAAUAAGCUGGUGGCCACUUCCCUAGAGGGGAAAUUCCACGUGUUUGACAUGCGGACCCAACACCCAACCAAGGGUUUUGCUUCAGUUAGUGAAAAGGCAUAUAAAUCCACCAUCUGGCAGGUCCGUCACUUGCCACAGAAUAGAGAUGUCUUCAUGACAGCAGGAGGAGCUGGCAAUCUGCAUCUUUGGAAAUAUGAAUACCCGGCCCAACGCUCAAAGAAGGACUCUGAGAACGUAGAUAUGGGAGUUGCUGGCACAGUCACAUUACUUCAAAAUGUCACCAUCUCCACCCAACCCAUAUCAAGCCUUGAUUGGAGUCCAGACAAACAGGGCCUAUGUGUGUGCACUGCAUUUGACCAAACCGUGAGAGUUUUAAUUGCAACUAAACUUAACCAAAUUUAAGAUUAUACCAAGAUAUUACACAAAUUACCCUCCAUGCAACAGUGAAAUGUGUCCUUUGUGAAAAUAAAGGAGGAAUGUAUAGAGAAUAAUAGUUAACUUUUUUUUGAAAGACAGAAAAUAGGCAGUUUUAUUUAUUUACUUUGUCAAUUUCCUUUGCAAGAUAAUUGAGCUAAUUUCCUGCCACCUUUUGAUGGGGAUCUGUGCUGAGGUGAAUCAUCCAUGUGUUAUAGCAAGGGACUGUUUUCUUCUGAUGACACCCCAUCUAGUGGUGUGAAUGAGGAUUGCUCAAAUAAAGUGGGUGUUUAACUGGAAGCUUAAAUUCUAGUCGGUAAUUCAUCAUUUGACCUUCUGUAGAAUGCGUUUUGAGUUUUAAAUAUAUUUGACUUAUAUUAUAGGAAAAUAAUAUUUUAGAAUGUAUGGUUCUUUUUUAAGUUAAUAUCUUUUUUGAAAAGUCCAGAAACAUGGUGCAAGAGUGAAUAUUCUCAAUUAUUAAAUUUCCAUUUAAAGAAAGUCUUUGAAGGUUUGGAACAUUAUAUGUACAAUGAAACAAUGUCACACUGCAGGAUCAUUUAUCUUUGGAGAUUGUAUUAAAAUUCCACCAGAAUAUGCAAUAGUGAAAGCUCCCAUAUAUAAAAGCGCCUGCACAAAUGUGAGACUUCCUUCUCCCAAGCACAAUGAAACAAAACUCCACUCUCAUCCUCCCUUUCCCUGGUUAGAAAACUGAUAAGCUUCAUUAAUUUAAAGAUCUUAUUAGUAAUGAGAUUGAUUUUUAAUUUUGCUGAAUAUUUGAUAAUAUGCCUUUUGUACAUAAUAUAAAACCAGUUUCCUGUUGUUUCUUCAUUGUUAUUGGUGAAGGUUUGGAUAGAUCUAAAUCCAAGUUUUCACUAGGGGAAAUAAAUUCUGAUAGGAUAUUAUCAUCUCUCAUUUGGGAUGAUGAUUUAAAAAUUUAUUUUGUCUACAAUUGUAAAUAAUGCAAAUCAGAAAAAUAUAUCUUACUGUUAUUUUCCUAAUUUUGAUUUAAAGUUUUUUUUAUUUGCCUGUAAUUUGAUCAUAUUUUGUACAGUUUGAAAAAUGUUUUCAAUAAUCUGUCACACUGCAUAAAUAAACCACUUGAAUUG